CGCCUCAUUUGAGAUUAUUAUCAAAUUCUAUUGAAGUCAAACGAUGAUGAUACAAACCGAGUGUGUGAAAAUCGACAAUGCCUUGGACAUUUGCUCAACGAUGGAGGACGAUCUGCAAAAGUGUCUGGGGCUUGUGAGGUCGAUGAACCAGAAGUACAAUGCCCCAGGCCGCUACACCAUUUUGAUGGAACCCUUCAGCGAGGAUUGUCCACUGUGCAGAACGGAAUCCACGGAGUGGGACGCCUCCUCCUUGAAAACCAUUGACUCCGAACUCGAUAUGCUGAGCCAACUUUACGGCGCCCGAAGUGCCCAAGAAUUGGACGAGUCCUACGUGGAUGUGCGCUAUAAAUUCAUUAAAUUAAAGCGCGAUCUUGAGGGCAUCAUGACCCACACACAAAGGGUCAUCGAUUGUUCGGAUCGCCAGGAGAGAAUUUCCCAUCAAAUGCUGAAGAGCUCGCAUAAUUACAAAAGAAAAUUGUGCGUUCACUAGGAAUGCAAAUUCCUGGAAAACUAUUUCAUCAAAGUCUAGAAGCGUGUGCAAAUUGCAAAUUGUGUCGACACUUGGCAGCUUUUUAUUAAAAAUUACUGUCACCAUUA